UAGUAUCAAUUGUUGUCUUUUCAAUAUCAUAUUACGCCAAUUAGAGCACACACAGUUGAGUGAUUCGCCGGAAACACGGGGAAAUGCUUUCCACAGGUAUUCCUUCCUUCACUUCAAUUGUCCUCUUGUUUGGGUGCGUGUAAAAGACAAUACCUGGGAAGUAAACCCACAACCGGCGUUCCUUGCAGUAUUGAGCCUAAUCAAUCACCAUGAGCUCCAUAAGCGAAAUGUACCAACCCUCUUCAAAAUUGAAGCUUCCUGAAGAGAAAUCCCCUAACGUGAUCAACAUUCAAAUCAUUUGCGAGGCCUUAAACUUGAACCCGGAUGUCAUCCAGUCGAGUAAGCGCAGUAAACGAGCCUUCGAAAUUCGAACUGCCCAGACGCUCCGAAUUGAAUUCCGACGGAUCUUGAAGAUUGAAAACCUCCAGCAUUUGACUUCGCUCACCCGGCUAUUUUUGGAUAAUAACUUCAUCGAAGAGAUCACUGGCUUGGAAUGCUUGAUCCACCUGACGUGGCUGGACUUGAGCUUCAAUUGCAUUCGUCAAAUCCAAGGUUUGAACUAUUUGGAUAAGCUGGAAGUACUGGCCUUGUUUGGGAAUCAGAUAACAGCCAUCGAAAACAUUGAUCAUCUCAGGGCCUUGAAGGUUCUCCGAAUCGGUAAGAACCAGAUUACCGAUCGGAAAACUAACAUCAUCUACCUGAGACGUCUGCCAGCCUUGAAGACCUUGAGUGUCAAAGACAACCCGUUUUGCGAAGAGCCCCAUUGGCAAGACUUCAUUAUGGCCAUGUUGCCGAACUUGAUGUAUUUGGAAUGUAAUGCAAUCUCCAAGGCCAAAAGAGACGCAGCCUCUCUUCAGCACCAAGGAGAGGUCUUCAAAGUGAAAAAUCAGGAGGACAUUGCCAUGACGGAAAAUCAAAAGGCCGCAGAUAAGGUCUCAGCUGAGCAACGCCAUAAAGCCUCCUUUGUCACGGCCUUAAGAGGUGAAUGGCUGAUAUGUUCCAUUUUGAAACGGAAUGAGGACGAAGAGCUUCUCUUGGCCAAACUUUUGGGAAGUUGCGGUCAAACGGAGGAGUUGUCGCUAUUGGCCGCCAAAUUUCGCACUCAAAUAGUGGAGAUUGGGGAUAAUCUUUACAAUGUUGGACUCGAGGAGCUGAAAACUCGAGACUCGGAGGUGCACAUGUUUGAAGAAUGCGUGUCAUUGGCCAGGAAGAUGGCCCAAGAUCGUUCAAUUCAAGAGCUUGAACUCUACAUGGCGGACAAGGACAAGAUUGUCGACGAGUUGUAUGACCUCGCCGGAGUACUGGAAAACAAGGAAGCAGAAGAGAUCACCGACAUGCAACGAGAAGAAGCCGAGAGGGUGCGAGAGCGCUUCAGCUGCAGAACCAGAAAAGUCUGGGACAAGAUCAUGUCCUUGGAAGUAAUUCUUGUCAAUCAAACUGAAAAGGUUCUGGGAGAGUUCGAGGCCGAGAUGACAAAGAACCUGACGUUUUUCAUCCAAUCCGCAAAAGACCUCUUUACCGCGGCCAGAGAUGCGGAUACAAGGCAUUAUCGUCGCUUGAGUGAAUUGGUCGAGGCCAGCGAAGAGGAGCAGUUCCAAAAAGAGGAUCCAAUCUUUGCCAAUGAUCAUCAAUUGUCCCAAUUGGCGGCAACGCUCCAUGAUGGGCACCAAGAGUUUCUCUUGGAGGAGGAGGCCAAGCUCCAGAUUGCGGUUCAAAAAUGGAAGGACGACUUCUUGGCACGCUUUAUGAAGAAGGAACGCAAGAGAAACAGAGAGCGAAUCCUGGAACUGAAUCACUUUAUAGACACCAUGAAACAAGAAGAGGAAGAGGAGAUCGAUAUUUUGCCGCCGCUUCAACUCAAUCUUGAAGAUGAUUAAUGCUCACACUGUUCUUCCAUUAUGCCCACUACCUACUACAAGCCAAAAUAGACCAACGUCAAAGCCCACACCCAAAUAAUCCAGUUUUCUAGUCUCACACAAUGCAUGAGAGGAACAGCUUCUUUCCAUACCACCGAUCUUGAUCUACAGUAGU